AUGUUGAGACACAGCUUUGGUCGUUCCACCCGUUCUAUCUGUCUGGUCCUGGCAUGUCUGUCUCUUGUUCUCCACCUCCUUCUGGCGCUCUUCUGUCUCUCAGUCCUCCAGACAGCCUGCGUCCUUCCCUCAUCCUCAUCCUCAUCAUCACCUUCCUCGUCCUCCUCAUCCCCCGUUUCUGGGAAAGAAGACCAGCAGCAACAGUCGACCUCCCACUCCCCCUUUCCAUCAUCUCCUGCCUCUUCCUCACCGAAGCCAUCAAAAAACAGAGAUUGUCACAAAGUGGAGAACGAUGUCACUGAGAGGGAAAGGGAGCUCACGUGGGCCAAGAAAAGGGACAAAGGGGUCAAAGGUCAUUCUAAGCUUGAGGCUCUGUUUGACCACCCGCUAUACAACCUGCCUCGACCUGAGUUCCAGGAAGAUGACUGGCUGCUGAGGGUGAGAACUGACGAUGACGCGAAGGAUACAGGAAGUGAGCAGGAGGAGGAGGACACUGCCAACAACAGUAAAUGGGGGAGUGAGAGUGAGGAGGAGGGCUACGACGACGCUAACUGGACAACCAAUGUGGAGACCCAUCCGCCCUGGCUGCGGUUCCACCUUGGCAUCUCUCGCUGGGAGCUGUACAACAGGAAGGACCCCAACUUGGUCCAGCUGAUUCGCUAUCUGGCAACGCAGCGUAUCGUCAAUGCCGUGCAAAAGACGGGAGGCACCCAGCUCAAACUGCUCAUGUCCUUCCCCAGCUAUGGACAGGCGCUGCUGAAACCCAUGAAACAGUCCAGAGAUGCAGAGACUGACCUCAACCUCUUCUAUUUCUCCGACUUUGAACGGCACAACGCGGAGAUUGCCGCCUUUCAUCUCGACAGAGUGCUGGGUUUCAAUAGGAUCCCGCCAGCGGUCGGCAGACUCGUCAACAUCACCAAAGAGAUAAGAGACAUCACUAAAGACCCCAGGCUCUUAAGGACGUUUUACACCUCUCCUGUGGGCAAUGUGUGUUUCUACGGCCAGUGUGAGUACUACUGUUCAACCGAGAACCCGGUGUGUGGCCGGCCCCAUGCUCUGGAGGUGUCCCUAGCCGCCAUGUUGCCUGACCUCACCCUGGCUCCUCGCAGGUCUUGGAGGUCACCAUGGAGGAGAGCCUACAGUCGCACUAAGCUAGCAGCGUGGGAAAAGGACCCAGCCUAUUGUGACACGGUGAAGAAGACGCCUCCGUACAACCACGGCACCAGACUGGUGGAUGUGAUAGACAUGGCUAUACUGGACUUCCUUAUGAGCAACAUGGACAGACAUCACUAUGAGACGUUUGAGAAAUUUGGAAACAAGACUUUUCUGCUGCAUCUGGACAAUGGACGGGCGUUUGGGCGUCACUCUCGAGAUGAACCCUCUAUCCUGGCUCCCUUACGUCAGUGCUGCAGGAUCCGCCGUUCGUCGUUGCUUCGCCUGCAUCUCUUGUCUCUCCCCAGCUUCCGUCUGAGUGACGUUAUGCGGGAGUCUUUGGCUCAAGACCCCCUGGAGCGCGUGGCGCCCCUCCUGUCUAAACCCCACCUGUCAGCCUUGGACCGACGCCUGGCCACCGUCCUGCAGGUGGUGCGUUCCUGUCAGGACCAUCACGAAGAUGUCAUCUACAGUGAUAUGGAGGGGUAUCAACGCCCGACUGAGGACAACCCAUUCAAAGACAUAUUUAUUUGACAAAGCGUCAGAGCGACAGGUCAGAGAAGAGCAGGUCUGCACCUGGGCAUUUGCUACGGCUGUAUUACAGUAAAGGUCACAGAGGAGGAAGCCGAGAGAUAUUCAGAUGAAUAUCCAAAAUUUAGAUAUGAUCGCAUCACCCUCUUCUACAUUAUGGUUAAUGACUGUAUUUAUUCUUCCUACUCAGAAGAAAAAAUCACCGUCAUUCAAACUUGUAAGUGAUGGGACACAUUUACCAUUGAUUUGAAUCAGUUAGGUGUGUAAGUUGGGGAUGUUAGUGCACCGGUCUGAUGUUGAUGAGUAAUUAAAGAUAUGAUUGACGUUAUAUGAUGUCAUGAAACAAAUAUUCUUAUAAUAGUACUGUGGAUAUUUGUCCAUUAAAACUCGAAC